AUGGAUCUGAAGGAUGAGCUGGCAGCAGUAAAGGCUCUCCUUGUUACCUUGGACCAUGCGCAAAAGGACCAAAAGCUUGACGCACUCACACCCGAAGCACAAGAUGCAUUGCAACAAACCAUUACAAAUUGCCAACGAGUCUGUGACGAGUUUGGCGAGAGGUUGAACAGAUGGAAAACGGGCUCCGGUCCGCGGGAUCGCGUCUGUUUUGGCCUUUUCGUGAAGCCAAAAAUCGAAGAUCUCAGGAAGAAACUCAACCCCUGCAGAUCUACGCUGAACUUGGCAGUCAGCACAGCAGUCCUAUUAACAGCAACUACACCAGUCUCGAUCACGGAGUCGAUGCGAAGCCAGCUCCGAGACAACGAGAUCAGAAUCGCCGAGGAAAUGAAAGCGAUGGAUGAUCAGAAGACAGAGGUGGAGAUGGCACUGCAGCAGGCCAAUACCGCGCAGAAAACAGACAGCAACCCUUCCGAGACAAUUGAGCAACUUGGUCAACAGCUUGAUACACUCAGUCUUUCGCGGAAGUCCCUGGAAUGCUUGGUAUCGCAAUCUCAUCAGCUACGCACCGGGCAAAAGUUCACCAAAGUCGCUGUCAGUGAUGGGGGAAAGCUACUUGCUGGCCUCAUCAAUUGUGAUAGUGGUAUUGAGGCCCAGCAGGAGUUUCACGAUGUUAAUGUUACAGGCGGGUCGGCGUUUUUGGGAGUGGGCAAGAAUGUUGAUUCUAAGAAGCUUACGACUGGCAGCUACAAUGAACAGCUACGUCUCGCGGAACGCCACCUGAAGUUCGACGUGUUUGCCCUUAAGAGAAUCAUCGCUGCCACAUUUGACCGCCCGGCAUCGGACAUUGUUGAAUUUUUCAAAUUGUCCGAAGGUGGAUUCAACCGCGUCUUCCAGGCAAACUUUGUAGAUGGCAAAUGUGUAAUUGCUAGAUUGCCAUAUCCAUCUACUACACCAGAGCAAUACACAAUCGCCAGCGAGACUGCCACUUUAAAUUACCUUCGUCGGCAUGGAAUCUGCGCGCCUGAUGUGUACGCAUGGAGCUCAACCAAAGAAAACCCCGUUGGCGCCGAGUAUAUUAUUAUGGAGAAGCUGAGCGGCGCGCCCCUCGGUGACAAAUGGUUUUCGAUGACGCCAAAAGAGCAAUACGUGGUCAUGAAGCAGAUUGUUGAGCUGGAGGCACGGCUCAUGUCAUUGGAAUUCCCUGCAUGCGGCAGUAUAUACUAUUCCAGAGACCUUCCUCGAGAGAGAAAGAUUCCUUUACCCGAUAAGAACGCUGAUGAAUUUUGCUUGGGCCCAAUUGUCCAUUAUGGUUGGUGGCACGGUGAAAGGAAGACAUUAAAUAUUGAUCGAGGACCGUUCUUGUCAUCAACUGAUAUAUUCCGGGCAGUCGGUGAACGGGAGCUGGCUUGGACCAAGGAAUACGCGAAACCUCGCCUCCCUUAUGAACGCCUCUAUAGAGAAAUCUACGAGUUUCGCCAUGAUAACAUGGAGAGACUGGAGCCAGUGGAGUCAAAAAAGGGAUUCAAAUGCGGGUCCACCCGAGACGAACCCCUUGGGCGGAUUAGUCAUCGGUGGGUCGAGCCUAGAACAACGGCCCCCAUGAACUGCUUUCUAUCGAAAUUUCCAUCGUUGGAGAGUUACAUAUCAUGA